CCGUCCUCCACCUCCGUUGUGAAACAUCACACCUUUCAUCCUGAAACACACUCAAUCUCGGAAUCAGCCGUCAUUCCACUGGAACUGCUUGCCCUGGUGUGUGCCCGAGGAUUUGGGAAUAACUGGAAUCGGAAAACUCACCAAUAAUUCUGGGAUAUUUUUAGUGGAAUAACUGCAUUCACAAAAACAGUUUCGUCUCUUCUUUUUGGAAACGUAUUUCUUCUCAGUUUGGAAUAUUGGGACUAUGGCUUGACACAGAGUCUCUGUACAAUUGCGUUAAAGGAUGCCAAAUGCUCUAGAGAGAACUCUGAGUUUCCGUUUUUCCGGAAGACAUAUUUGGCGCUGUACAGUGGAUGGUGGAGGAAAGAUAAAACGGGGGAGGAGUAAGAAGAAGUUUGAGCCGCAGAAAGCCCAGAGUCUGGAGGAGGCCCAGCUGGAGAUCCAACAGCACAGCAAGAACCUGGCCAAGCAGAGCCUGCAGAGAUCGCAGACCUUCGAGUCGGAGAGGAGCUUCGAAGUGACGGAAAGCUGUGUCACCCGCAGUAGUUUUAUAAAGCACAACAAAUCAUUCCACAAGCUGUUCCCGGACAUUCCCGUUAACGAGGACCUGAUCCACGCCUACGUCUGUGCGCUGCAGAAGGAGGUCCCGUACCACGGCCGGCUCUACGUGUCCGAAAACUACAUCUGCUUCUACUCCUCCGUGCUCCUCAAGGACACCAAGGUGGUGAUCCCCGUGUCCAGUGUGUUCGUUCUGAAGAAGCAGAACACGGCCUUGCUGGUGCCCAACGCCCUGUCCAUCCGCACCUGCGAGGGGGAGAAGCAUUUGUUUGUGUCUCUGAGGAACCGGGAGUCUUGCUACAAGCUUCUGCAGUCGGUUUGCCCUCAGCUAGAGGAUGGGAGUACUAACAGCAGCCCGAUAUUCUCCUCCGUGGAGAUCAGCUUUGAGCAGAGCAAGCACACGAACUCCAGUCAGUCCAGCCUGGAGGACAGCUUCGACCAGCUGGACCGCGGAGACUGCGGCCUCCUGCUGAGCGCGCAGCCCAGCCCAGCGAAAGUGUCCCGAGAACCAGUGCAUCGUGGGAACAGCACCACCUCGAGAAGUCCUCAGAGGGAGAAGGAGGACAGCUCCACAGAGGAGGACGCAGCAGGCGGCUCUUGGGUCUGGAGUGUCACGGAGAACGUCAGAGCUCACCUCGUCCAGAGGCAGUCCAGCAGCCUGAACACCCUCCUCUUCAUCUACCUGCUGCUGGUGGUGCUGUUGCUGCUCUCCUCUGGGUACAUCGGCCUGCGGAUCGUCGCCCUGGAGGAGCAGCUGACCUCCCUCGGGGCGCUGCCGGAGUUCUCCCUACAGAACCGGUACAAGGACACAUAGCCGGACGUCCCGGGGAAGAGGACAGGUUUUAAAGGCACGGCGGAGGGGGCGACACGGAGGCGUCCGAAGAUCUGCUGAGGAUCAGGUCCCCUAAAAAACCGAGAAGGACUGUCGCCUUCCGGGACGGUGCUGUAAGCGUGCCGCUUUUCUAACCGCACAGACGUACUCUACGGGAACGCCGCACUUGGUCUUCAUGAUUUCAGAGAUUCGCUUUUUAAA